GGAGGAAGAGCUGUGACGGUCGACUGUAGCGGUGAAGAAACGCUGAGUGGAGAAACCAAGAGACACCGGGACACACUCACUCGAAAGAUAUUUUAUCUGCUGUCAUCUAACGAUGUCAAGCACUGACGACCUCCCAGACAUGGAUGGGACAGAGCUGUUGGGGCUGCUGUUCCACAGUGGACAGGACGGAUGUACUGAGCCACUAUUUCCUGAUGAGAACGGGCUCAUUGAAUCCUGGCUGUCUGAGCAAGAUAUGCUGACAGGGAUGGACACUGAAGACUUUCUGUCCAGCCUGUUAGAGGGAGAGGACAACAUGGAGACUUUCUGUCCCUCUCAUUCUCCCUUGGGCAGCGACAGCGGCAUUUCAGACGACAGCAGCACUGGAGUUGGAAAUAACAACCUCCCAGGAUGCCCGAGUCCCCAGGGCAGCGACAGUGACGUUGUGCCCAGUCCCAGCUACUCCGAGCCCAGCCCGGUGCACUCGGACCCUGCCAUGGCCCCAGGAGAGCUGCACACAGAGAGCCUGGAUGUCCUGACAGUCCAGGCGGAUCAUAGCUAUUCUCUGCUGCAGAGCGGAGGCAGGGACAUGGAUGCCCUGCAGAGUGUGAGGGCAGAGAAGCCAGAUACAGACGUCUUCAUUGAUCUGGAUGACUUGGUGAGUGAAGCCAUGGAGGAGGACAUCACAGACGAGCUGCCGUGCACUUUAGCCAUAGAGGACUCAACACAGGAUUCAACUCAAGCCAACAAAACAGACCAGUUCCAGUUUAAAGAAAUUGUCCUUACUGAGGAGGAGAAGCGGCUUUUGGGAAAAGAGGGAGUAACUAUUCCCACACACAUGCCUCUCACAAAGGCCGAGGAAAGGACCUUGAAGAGGGUCAGGAGGAAGAUCCGCAACAAGCAGUCUGCUCAGGAGAGCCGCAAGAAGAAGAAGGUUUAUGUUGACGGACUGGAAAACAGGGUUGCCAUCUGUACUGCGCACAACCUGGAACUACAGAAGAAAGUCCAGAUGCUCCAGAAACAGAACGUCUCCUUGAUAGAGCAGCUGAGAAAGCUCCAGGCGAUGGUGAAGAUGUCGACUAUGAAGGCCAGCACAACCAGCACUUGUGUUAUGGUGUUCCUGCUCUCUUUCUGUCUCAUCAUCUUCCCGUCAGUCAAUCCGUUUGGUGGGAACAGAGAACAGAAGGAAAUCUACACACCCUCCUCCAUCAUCUCCCGGACUUUGCGCUCCCUGCCACUAGAAAGCACAGAUGCCAUAGCCUACCUUGAGCCUGAGGAGGAGGAGCUUCUCCUCGUGCCCCAAGCAGAGGUGGAGAACACCAAAGCCAUCUUCGCCGGCGGUCAGAAGAAUCACACCCCCGACUACCAGAGAGUGGAGCAGCCUGACUCAGAGACAGGUGUCAACAGCAACUCCUCGGCAGACUUCCCCAGCCCCGCGCAGGCUGCAGAGAUGAAGCCGGGGCCGGCGGGCGGAGUAGGCGCUUUACAGGAAGGAACCAUUGAAGCUGCAGUAGCGUAUGAGGUCGCAGGAUCCAAGGAUAACUGGAUAGACCGGAACCCGCCGUCUGUCAUAUUACAGCAGCGUCGCUCAGAUGAGAUGUAGUAGGGAGCUGUUGAUCGAUAUAACCAGCAGAGGGAGCCAUAUUCCUAAUGUUUUAGGUACCAGAGGGAAGCUUAAACUUACACAAGGACAAAGGGAACUUAACAGUAAUCAUAAGGAUACGGGAUCGGUGUCUGUCCCUACUUUUCCCCUUUAACAGCCUUCUCAAGUACUACUGUUACUUUAUUUGCACUUUGUUCUGGUUUAUUUGUUCCAAUAGGUAAAAAGAACUGGAGAGAUAUUUCCACAUUUCAGCAAACUACUUGAAAUUUACACUACUGCCGCUGACCAAAAUUUGUAAAUUGGCUGGCGCCACUGCAGGAAUUUUUUUUAAAAUAAUAAACUGGCAGUAGAUUACUUAAAGAGAAGUAUCACUUGAUGGCAUUAUUAUUUAUCACCAAAUUCUAGGGGGAGCUUUGUUUGACUCACCUCCAGCAGAUCCAAACACAUGCUGCUCGUGAAUGACUCUCCCGUAGUAAAUUAUUGUGAAAAGAACUAGCCAGAAAAAUCCAUUGCAUAGUAGAAUAUAGGCUGCUUGAUUCUCAUAAAGCUUGAUCAAAGUGGUUGUUUGACCACCGUAAUGCUUAAGCCAUUGCAGGACAUUUGGCCAUUUAGACUUGUAAAGUUUGUUAGUAUUUCCCUUGUAACAAGGGUAUCCAUGUUUCUUUUAAUUUUGGAAUGCUAUGUUUUUAUGUUGUACAGUAAAGCAAGAAAAAUGUCUGCAGAAUAUAAAAAAGGCCACUGAACCCUUAACUGUGUCUUUGUUAGCCAACCCCAGUCUACCCCCACUAUCUCCUUUUCAACCUCAUGGGACAGAUCUUACCUUUUAAACAUGUCUGAGAUACCGUAGCACCUGAGUGCACAGGAUAAGGGGUUUGAUAUAUUUGCUCAGUAAACCGUGUUGCAGUAAAAAUAUACUCAAAAAUGUAAUGACCUGUUUUGUCAGUGAGGCAUUUUUGUCUUUUUUUGUGUAUUUCUUACGUUACUAUCAGUGAUAAAUGGAAUCUAAAUGGUAUUGGAACUGCUUUUUGUUUAUAAUCAACAGUCAAUGAGAUUUUAAGUGUUGAUCAUGUUGAGCAAAUGCACUGAUAUUUGAUGUACUCUGAGAAUUAAAUGUAAAUACGCUUAAAUGAUUGUAGCUCUUCUGUACAUUUGAACUCUUAAUGUAUAAGACAUGUCUGGACAUCUAUAAUAAUAAACUUUUUAUAUAUCAGAAUAA